UGAUGAAGAAGGAAGUGCCUUAAAUUUCUCUGCGAGAGGAGUUUCUGAGCAGUCCCGAAAAGACGAAGUGUGGGUCAAGUUGAUUUUUAUUCAGCACUGCGUUUAUUUACUGAGGAGACGCUCCAGUUUGUUUUGGGCCUUUUCAUCUUAACGGAAAAAUCAGCAAUGUUCCCGGAUUCAUCUUCAGGAUAUGGUUAUGAGGAGUGCAAGGCCACGGCCGACUGGCUCCUGGAGCAGGCUCCAGUGCGGCCACUGGUGGGCAUUGUGUGCGGCUCAGGCCUGGGUGGCUUGGCUGACAUGCUGAAGGACCAGAAGGUUUUUAAAUACAGUGACAUUCCAAAUUUCCCCCAAAGCACAGUGCAUGGUCAUGCUGGCCAGUUGGUAUUUGGUACUCUUAAAGGAAAACCGUGUGUUUGCAUGCGGGGAAGGUUCCACCUCUAUGAAGGAUAUCCUAUUCAAAAGACCACCAUGCCCAUUCGCAUUUUCAAGCUGAUGGGCGUUGAGACGGUCAUCUUGACGAAUGCUGCAGGUGGGCUGAACCAGGACUACAAAGUUGGAGAUGUUAUGAUCAUCAAAGACCACAUCAACAUGCCAGGGUUCGCUGGAAACAACCCCUUAUGUGGACCUAAUGAGGACAGGUUUGGAACUCGUUUUCCAUGCAUGUCAGACGCAUAUGACAGAAAGCUGCAGCAGCUAGCUCAAGCGGUGGGGGCAGAGCUUGGCUACUCUGACUUCCUGAGGGAGGGUGUGUACUGUGUGCUCGGGGGGCCAUCCUUCGAGACAAUUGCUGAGUGCAGAAUGCUUAACCGCUUAGGCGCCGAUGCUGUUGGCAUGAGCACAGUCCAUGAGGUGAUAGUAGCUCGUCACUGUGGAAUGAGAGUUUUCGCCCUUUCCCUGAUCACCAACAAGGCUGUGAUGGACUACGGCAGUGAAGAGAAGGCCAACCAUGAGGAGGUCCUGCAGACAGGACAGCAGCGGUCCCUGCAACUGCUCAAGCUGGUGUCCACAAUGGUUGCUCGCAUUGACGUUGGUGACAACUACAAAAAUGGCGAGGCACACCAUUGUGAGCACUAAUCAAUGCCUCCAUAUACCAUCUACAUAUGAGUGUAACAUCUUGCUAGAAUGGCCUGCAUGUUGCACUGCUAGUCAUUGCACUUCCAUAGCCAGCCUUUUAGAGGCCCUGAAAUAUUAGUUCCGUUUUAAUAGAUUGCUUCCUCUUUGGACCUUACUCAUACUGUAUUUUUACAUGUUUACAUUCCUGAGGGAAACAUUGUAUGAUGUCUUAAACCAAUCCCAAAGCCAGCAGUUACAGUAAAAGACAUUCUGAUGUAUAUACAGUGAAGGCUUUGGUAAAUAAUAAAUUAUAAUAAUAAGAAAAGUGCUGUUUUAAUGUUAUUAACUUAACAGAUCCAUUGCACCAAAGUAUUUAUUAAAUAUUUUAAAUGCCUGAUCUGCUCCAAAUGUAAUAUUGAAUAUGACAAAGUUGAGCAAUAAUGAAGAAUGUUCAUUAGAGCGGUAACCUUCAAAUUUUAUUUAUUUAUUAUUCUUGAACAGCAAAAGACAUUAUUGAGUUAACUUUUGAGUAUCUGUUAAUGCUGUCGAUUUAAAUAUUUAAAUGGUGUAUUUAUAUGAACUUUUUUAGACAGGGUAUUCUUUGAGCGUUUUAUGAAGAUGUAUUUUUUGUGUCGGAUGCCUCAGAUCAUAAGGGGAGCAGAGGGAUGCUGGGGGGGUCCUGUUAAUUCACAAAUAAUCUGAAAAUAAUUGCUUAAUGCAUAAAACUUGUUCUAUGUUGUCAUUAUCAAAAAGGAAAGGCUUCUCUAAAUUCCUGCGUAAUUCAGUCACUGAGAUGUAAAGAAAGCGAUUUAUAAACUUGAUGUCUGCAACACAAAUAUAACUAUUUUAUUAACAAUAAAAAAAAUC